AGCCGUUUCAGCUCAAGUCGCUUUCGUUCAACCCGCACCUUGCAUUGCAAAUCGUAUUGUACAUACGCCCACAUCGGGCGAGGCUCGCGUACGACAAAAUGUGCGGUGGUGGCGUGAUGACGAUGCUUGCCGCCGGGGCGCUCGUACUGGCGCUGGCGCAGACCGCCAGUGCCCUCGGCACCCACGCGGCGAAGAGGCACGGGCGCCGCGCGGUGUCCUACGGCCAGAUGUACCGCCACGACGGCUGCGCGCCGCUUGACAACAGGGGCACCCACUUCACGGUCGACGUGGAGGUCGGCACUCCGGGCCAGCGGUUCUCCGUGGUGGCGGACACGGGCAGCAACACGCUCAUCGUCCCGUCGUGCGUGUGCCGGGAGAGGGGGCAGUGCCCACGGGACGGCUCCGAGCACUGCUUCACCGGCACCGGCCGGUCUUCCUCCUUCCAGCUGGAGAGGGACGCGUCGGGGCCGAGCAGCCUCGUGCUGACCUUCGGCAGCGGCCAGAUCAAGGGCAUCGUCGCCAAGGAGCGCGUGAAGGUCGGCCAGGUGGAGGCCUUCCUAGACGACGGGCUGCUCCUGAUGACCGACCGGGCCCUCAACAUCCAGGGCGCCUUCGAGGGCAUCCUCGGGCUGGGCGUGCCGCAGACCCCGGAGGGCGAGCAGCAGCAGCAGGAGGCAGGGCCCGCGGGCUACGCCGACCGCAUGGCCGAGGCCGCGGCCAGGGCCGGCGGCGAGCAGCCGCCCGGCGACCACCAGCGGAUGCCGGCGAACCUGCAGGACAUCAUCCAGAAGAUCAUGGGGCAGGCGGCCGGGCGGCUGCCGGCGGGGGAGGCGCAGCCCGCUCUCCAGCCGCGCGCCGUGGAGAUCAUCCCGCUGCCGCGCGGCGUGUCGCCGGAGGACUACAUGCGGCAGGUCGUCGGCGCGAUGAACAUCAGCGGCGGCGGCAUGGUGAGCGCCAGCAUCGGCAGCGCGCUGGUGGCGUCGGCAGACUCGCUGGCGUCGGCCGCGGCGCGGGGCGCACUCGCGGGGCAGAACCCGCUCGAGGACCUGCUGAAGAAGAUCAUCGCGAGCCAGGGAGGCGCGGUCCCGCUGGGCGCCGGGCCGCCGCAGAGGUCCUCCCCGAAGGGCUUCCUCGAGCAGGCCAAGGUCGAUCGCUUCUCGGUCUGCUUCAACGACGGCUCCGGCGGCGUCCUGAGCCUCGGCGGAGAGAUGCCCAAGGCCUCACACGGCGGUAUCGGCAAGCAGCACUGGGGCGUGGACUUCCGCGGGAUCUCGGUGGGCAACGAGACCCUGCCGUCCCAGGCGCUCUUCUGCACGCCCGAGACGACGAACAUGACCGAGGAGCAGAGGACCCCAUGCGGCGCCAUCCCCGAUUCUGGCACCACUGCGAUCAUGGGCCCUGCGGACCAGGUGCUGAAGCUCAUGGAGGGUAUCUGCGACGGCUGGGACCGGUGCAGGAAGAACUACACCGCCAUGGUGGACGCGAUCACGGCAGCGGAGAACGACAUGAAGCAAAUCUACGGCUUCAACCCGUUCAGCCUCAGGAGCACGGUCAAAAAGACUGACAUCCUUCAGGCCGUGCUGGCGGACUGCGAGUUGUGGAUGGACGAGAAGGCCGGGCUCAGCGAGCUCCCGCCCCUUCACUUCCACGUGCAGGGCAGCAACGGCACGAAGCAGACGCUGACCAUUCCCGGCCACUUGUACAUCAUGGAGACGCCCAGGGAGCUUCUGCAGCAGCGGGCUGGCAGCGCGCAGCAGCAGCCCACGUACGUGCAGCUCGGCGAGGCGGGGAUCAGCGCCCUGGCCCUCGACGGCAUCCCAGCCACGGAGAUGGUCCCCGAGAUCAACAGUCGGGGCAACAUCUCGGGCAAGGUGUGCACUCCCGCCUUCGGGGCGAUGGAGUACCAGACGCGGACCAACGGCCCCGUCUGGAUCUUCGGCACGCCCCUGUUCUACCAGUACGUCGUGGGCUACGACGUCAGCACGGACCCGCCGUCCAUCGCCUUCUCCGACCAGGGCGAGACCCCCUGCGGCGCCUGCGACCCCGCCGUGCGGCUCUGGGCUCGUCCCGCCGAGCAGGACCUCGAGGACGAAGGCGCCUGGGAGCAGGCGCUGCCCGAGCAGCGCGAGCUGCACAGGCCCCUCCGCGUCGACGCCCCGCCGCGGCUGCCGCGCCUCGACACCUCGCAGCCGCUCUGAGGGGCGCCGCGGCCGGCCGCGACGCGGCGCCGCCUCUGGCCGGCGGUCCGCAGGGCCAACCCCCUCCUCCUGCUCCUCCAUCCUCCUCCCCCUCCUCCCUCCUCCUCCGCCUCC